AUGAGUAAGUUGAACCUCGAGGUAGUACCACAUAGAACGUUGGAAGGAAUGCUUGAUAAUUUGAGUAUCCAACCAACGAUAUUCGAUGAGAUUAAAGAUAACCAAGUAGGGGAUGUGAAAUUAGAUCGCAUAAGAGAGAAGAUUAAGCAAGGAAAGGCGACUGAUUUCAAAGUCCAUGAUGAUGGGAGUACUCGAUUCAACGGGAGGUGGUGUGUACCACAAAAAUGUGAGGAGUUGAAGAAGAAGUUGAUGGAAAAAGGGCAUAAUACACCCUAUUCAAUACAUCUAGGAGGAAAUAAGCUUUACAAAGACUUGAAAAAGGUGUAUUGGUGGCCUAAGAUGAAGAAGGAAGUAGCAGACUUACCUAAGUCUAAGAAUGGGAAUAAUACCAUCUGGGUUAUGGUGGAUAGACUUACCAAAUCAACAGUGUUUAUACCAAUGAAAAAGAAUUGGAAAAUGGAACAACUUGUAAAGGCUUACAUAGAAAAUGUUUUGAGACUACAUGAAGUUCCUAAGGACGUUGUUUCAGAUAGGGAUUCUAAAUUUCUUUUGAAAUUCUGGAAAAGUGUUCAAGAGAACUUUGGUACGACAUUGAAGAUGAGUAUAGCAUUUCACCCUGCAAAAGAUGGAAAAUCUGAGAGGACUAUCUAA